AUGGUUGACAAACCGAGGGCGCAGCCUUUGAUAGAACAACUAAAUGGGUUGCUCAUUGCGUGGUCUAAGAAUGAGAAAUCGGCGGAACUUGCGGCUCAACUUGUUAAUUUGUACUUCCGCUUCAUGAUAACUGUUCACCACGACCUUGUGAUGCAGGAAGAUCAGGGCGCUCUCCAGGCGACCGCGGCGUGUAUUUCUGUGUGGGAAAUGUUGCACUUUCACAGCAGUUUAUUUGGGCCACUCCGUGGGUCCGCAAGGGCGUUUGUUGUGAGUCUUCUGACUGCAUUGUAUCCCAAAGCGAAGGAUCGCCGCUGCUUGUACCAGCACGUGGGUUGUGUUGGUGGCUUGGGAUCCCCACGUGUUCCACUCACCACCCAUCUUCCUAUGAGCGCGGAGGUGAUGAAAUGCAUAAGCGGUGAAAUUGACGAAACUGAUGCGUAUGACAACAUUGUGGCUUACGUGCAAAACACCGUGUCUGCAGAGGAGUGCAUCUUCGGUAGUCCUUCAGUGAAUGAACUAAAGGAAAAAGUGAAAACAUUCACGGAGUCUGUUCUUCCACGGAUUUAUUUUGCGAAGGACAAGAGCAAUACGGCGUCUGUUGGCAAAAUAUGCGAUAACGCGAUAAUAAUACCAUUGACUGGAGAGGCGUCCUCACCAAUGCGUUCAUACGAUGUACUGCAGCAGACCAUCUGGAAGUACCUGGUCCUUCUGCAUGCUUACAGCCCCGAAGACCGAAAUUCAUUGGGAAACUUCCUCACAACUUCUUCGUGGUCACAGAGGAGUGUGUGUCUAGCGGAUGACUUGAAGGUGACAUACGCUACCUUUGUGGGCCCAUUUGUCCAUGAGGCCGCUGUUUGCACUUCUCUCAUGCCCUCCGUCGCGAGUGACGCGGCUGAUAAUACUCCAAUGAUUCAUCCACGUCUACUGGAAGUGCUGUUGCAAAAAGAGAACUCCUCAGAGGAUUCUUCACUAGCUGGAGAAAACCUUACAGAGGCGUUUAUCCCCGAUCGACUCACUAGACGAACCGUUAGCAUGGCCCACGCCACGGCAGCAAGUAUGCGGGAGAUGCUUGUGGAAUCUAUUCCACAAGAGAUUGCAUUUUGCGACGAAAGUGCCUCAUGUCGUGAUUGUGACAAACUGACACAGCUGUGUCGCGGUGCUGUACUCUCACCAGUGGUGCAGGACACUGGUUCUGACGGCUUAUCGGACCGUGCUAUGAGGCGUAUGCUUUUUGACCGGAAACGAAGGCGCGAUGACGAUUUUUACGAAGGCCCUGUGCUUUUACCGGUUGCCUCGAGCCUUUCCGAGAUGCUUGAUGAGAAGGUGACGAAAAAGUCACUCUCUACUCUGGAGCGCAUUGCUUCCUCCUGA